AUGUCGUGUGUUGAGUAUGACCUUGUUUUGAUGCUUGAAAGAUGGAUAUUGGAAGAUGAGGAUGGUGAUUAUGAUGAUGAACUUGGUCUGUUUGAUCAAUGUUAUGACAUUCUUCGAAUGAAUCAAAGGACUUUUGAAGCUUUUUGCAAGAUGCUAGCUGAGCGAUAUGGAUUGAAAGAGACUCACCAUGUCUACCUUGAGGAAUCUGUUGCGAUGUUUCUCGAGACUGUUGGUCAAGAUAAGACUAAGCGGGAUAUUGCUGCAAGGUAUCAAAGAUCAUUGGAUACGGUACAAAUGAAGCUUGAUGAUGUCUUGAGUGCUCUUCUCAACUUUGCAGUGGAUACACUAAGACCACAAGAAGGCGAGUUUGGAAGAGUAAGUCAUGUUUUGAGGAAUGAUGAUCGGUAUUGGCCUCAUUUCAUAGAUUGUGUUGGAGCACUUGAUGGAACUCAUGUGCCGGUUCGCCCUCCAAGUCAAAAUGCAGAAGCAUAUAAAGGUAGAAAGCAAGAUCCUAUAAUGAAUGUUCUUGCUAUAUGUAACUUCGACAUGAAGUUCAUAUACGCAUAUCUCGGUGUACCUGGUAGAGCACAUGAUACAAAUGUAUUGACUCAUUGUGCGAGGAAUGAGGCUUCUUUCCCACAUCCUCCUCCUGGAAAGUAUUAUCUAGUUGACUCGGGAUAUCCGACCAGGGCGGGGUAUCUUGGUCCGCAUCGUAGUAUGCAAUAUCAUCUUGGUCAGUUUGCUAGAGGAGGACCACCAGUUAGUGCACGAGAGUUGUUCAACCGAAAGCAUUCAGGAUUGCGAUCGGUGAUUGAGAGGACAUUUGGAGUAUGA